UUUCAUUAUUUUAGCAAUUGAUAAUUCUUCGAUAAUUGUUUAAAAAACAAAAAUUGUUGAAUGUAUAUGGUAUAAUGAUAAUAAUCAUUAUUUUUCAUAAUUAGAUUACAUAAACUAUUGUACAAAUUGAGCCUAAUAUGAUAUAAUUUUAAAUAUUAUAAUUUUAAAAAAUUAAUCUACAAUAAAUUGAUUAAAAUCGAUAUUGGAAAAUAUUUUACGUCACGUUUUGUCUGAACUAUAGAGUACUUUAAAACAGUUGCAAAUUGCACGUUUUAUUGUACGGCAAUUGACGAGACAAUUUUGUAUGAGAAAAUAAAAUAUCUUAUAAGAUUAAGAAAUGACGGUAGUAUAGAUAAGACUAUGAUAUACUAUAACGAUACGAGGUACAAUGCAUAAAUUAAUCUUAGAAAGUUUAUGUUAUUUCGAAUCGAAUAAGAGAACUUAUCUUUUAUCGGCGAAAUUAGAGAGAUACAUGAUGACAUUAAAUGUUAUCACUACCGAUUAUUAAAGUCAGUGUGUUUCCGCCUGUCGUCGAAGAUUGUGGGGGAAUUCUAUAACAAAAGCUUGCAAAGGGAAACGGUCACCUUCGAUAUUCUAAUUGUUUGCAAACGCGACCAUCAUAACAUUAAGUUAUUCCCAAGAAUCUGUUUUUGGUCUUUCUUGAUAUACACAAGGAAAUUUUGUUUAUUAAAUAACAAUAAAAAAUAAAAAAAAAGUAGAAAAGAUUUAUUUAUUAAAAACGUGUCACGAGAGAAUACGAACGAACGAAUGUAUAAGAGGAUCAUUUUACCGAUAAAAUGCAAUUACUCAUCAGUCCAAUUGUCAUCAAACGAAAAACAACGAUGAUAUUAGAAUUAAAAGUAGAAAAAUAAUAUGAUCAUUCAUGUUCAACAAGAAGACACAUUGCCAGCUCGAUAAGGAUCUUUUUGAAUUUGGAUUUGCUGUUCGAACGAAAGCCUAAUCCUUUUAACUUUCAAGUAUCAGCGACAUUACCAGUUUUCAAGUUAGAAUGAAAAACACAGAGUGACAUUCUCGAAGAAUCUAAUUUCAUCCUACCGUCGUCAUUGUGAUAUUCAAGGAAAAUUUAUUUGUCAAGAUGGGAUGUGCAAUUUUUGACGAAGACGGUUUUUGGACCAAGAUGGAUAUAAAAAAUAUGACGGAAGCCGAAUAUCUUAAUGAAAUAUUAGGUUCGAAAUAUCUCCCUAUGAGUAUGGUAUUGCCUCUAACUACCGUUUAUGUGGCAAUUUUUGUGUCAGGAAUUUUUGGUAAUAUCGCCACUUGUACGGUUAUUGCAAAAAAUACAUCGAUGCAAACUUCAACUAACUACUAUCUCUUCAAUUUGGCUAUUUCCGACCUGACUCUACUUAUACUCGGUUUGCCGAAUGAACUCAGCGUAUUCUGGCAACAAUAUCCAUGGACUUUGGGAGUUGCACUUUGCAAAAUUAGAGCAUACGUGUCCGAAAUGUCUUCUUACGUAUCAGUUCUCACGAUAGUGGCUUUCUCCAUGGAACGAUAUUUUGCCAUUUGUCAUCCCCUUCGUGUUUAUACUAUGAGUGGACUGAAAAGACCAAUACGGUUUAUUUUCGCCGCGUGGUCUAUUGCUUUAGUAUCAGCAAUACCGUUCGCCAUUUAUACUAAAGUCAACUAUGUCGAGUACCCUCCAAAAUCAGGGAAUUGUUCCGCCGAGUCAGCGAUCUGCGCGAUACUAUCUAAUAACAUGCCGAAUUUUCCGCUCUACGAGAUAAGCUGCAUCAUCUUUUUCUUUUUACCGAUGCUUGUUAUUCUCGUUGUUUACACAAGGAUGGGUUUGGAAAUAAAAAGGAGUAUGAGACAUACGGUUGGGCCGGUCAUUCACAGCUCGAUUCAUGGAGAAACGCGACAGGUUCAAUCUAGAAAAUCCACCAUUAGAAUGUUAAGUGUCGUCGUCGUCAUGUUUUUUCUCUGUUGGGCACCCUUUCAUGCUCAGAGAUUGCUUUACGUUUAUGCAAAGGAUUCUGAUUAUUAUCCUGAUUUAAACGAAUGGCUUUAUAUUUUGAGCGGAUGCCUUUACUACUUUAGUACCACGGUAAAUCCAAUUCUUUACAAUAUGAUGAGCGUAAAGUACAGAGAGGCUUUUAAGCAAACGAUUUGCUGUAAACGGAAAUUAAGGAAAAGCUGGACCAUUAAGCCACCCGAUCUUUGCCGAUGCAAAUCCAGCGAAGAGGCUCAUCUGCCACGUUUUAGGUGCUCAAUGAGGUAUACAUUUGGCCAGGCGAAAGAAGUCUUUCGAUUUUCUUCAAAUCGAGAACGAGUUGUUCGAGAUAGAUCUAUGUGCGACCAUUACGAUGAAAUUCGAAAGAUUAGGAAUCAGGAUUCAUCCAAAUCCCUUCUAAAUAACAACGGACAUCCUAUUAUGCAGGAACGGAGCAGUGAGGAAAGUACAACAUCGAAAGAGAUAGUGAAAGAAUCGAUCUCAACGGCCAGUAGUAACGUGAAAAUGAAUUCGCACGAAAAUGAAGAAACUUUUCGAUAUUGGUAUUUGAAAAGAAUUCUCUUUCUCUUCUUAUACAUCCUCUUCGUUAAUUCGAUUAAUUUAUUCACACAACAACAAAAGAAAAAAGAAAUCCAAUAUUUAAGAGGCAUGAAUAUAUCAAGCCGUUACGCGUUACCUUUAAACAAUUUCACGAAAUUUAUGAAUCUGGAUGAAUCCGAAUAUUUGCAAAAGAAAUUGGGCUCGAAGCAUUUGCCGCUUCAACUUGUUUUACCUAUUACUUUUGUUUACGUUAUUAUCUUCGUUACUGGCGUUUUCGGGAAUAUCAUGACAUGCAUUGUUAUUAAGAAGAAACCGACGAUGCAAACUGCUACGAAUUAUUAUCUCUUUAAUUUGGCCAUCUCGGAUCUUCUUUUAUUGGUUCUAGGUUUACCCAAUGAAUUAAGUAUAUUCUGGGAACAAUAUCCAUGGCAGUUAGGAUUGUGCAUGUGUAAAUUGCGAGCUUUUGUAUCCGAAAUGUCAUCUUACGCGUCGGUACUUACGAUAGUCGCAUUUUCCUUGGAAAGAUAUUUGGCGAUUUGUCAUCCAUUGCAUCUCUAUACAAUGAGCGGUUUAAAGAGACCUGUUAGAUUCAUUCUUGGAGUCUGGCUAGUGGCUUUGAUCUUUGCAAUACCAUUUGCAGUUUACACCACUAUCAAUUACAUCGAAUAUCCCCCAGGUGUUAUUUCAUUACAAGAUAUUUCAUUCCUCAUUAUUGUAUUUAACAAUUGUUUCUUUUUGAUUCUUUUUCUUUUUUAUUUCUUUUUUUUUUUUUUUUUUUGUUUUUGUUUUCUUUUUUAUUUUUUUUUUCUUGAUCGACGUUCAGAAUCAGGAAGAUACUCCGAGGAUUCAGCAGUAUGUGCGAUGUUUUUACAAAACAUGCCGGAUUUUCCUCUUUACGAAUUAAGCUGCUUGAUAUUCUUUCUUAUUCCCAUGAUGUUCAUAAUGAUUCUCUACGUACGAAUGUGUCUCCGAAUACAAAGAAACACGCUUGGUCGCAGUAUCGAGGGUUCGGUCCACGGCGAAACGAGACAAGCACACUCACGGAAAGCUAUCGUACGCAUGCUUAUUGCCGUUGUUAUAAUGUUCUUCGUUUGCUGGGCACCAUUUCAUGCACAACGAUUGCUUUAUGUCUAUCGAACGUCGUACUUCGACGAUAUAAAUGAAUGGUUGCAUCCAUUGAGUGGAUGCCUUUAUUACUUCAGUACAACCGUUAAUCCGAUUUUAUAUAAUGUGAUGAGCGCAAAAUACAGGACAGCAUUUAAAGAAACGUUAUGGUGUUCGUCUGUCAAUCUUUCUACGUCAUCGGAGGGUAAUAAUAGUGUCACAGUUUAUGAUUGUGAAACUGGAAAAGAAUUUCGUAUGAUGCGUGUAAGGAGUUUUCGUUGCAGAAGGAGUAUCAAAAGAUAUGAUUCGAGCGAACAGACAAACAUCUUACAACGAUCUUUAAGGAAUUUACAUAGGAAUAACGAGGACUACGGAAAAAGUUCUCCGACCGAGACUUUUAUCGACGAUGAUCCAUCGAUCAUCGCAUCGAUAGAACUUAAGAAAUCAUCGCUGGUCGUACAAUCGUAUAACGGACGAACGAAAUGUUGGACGACCAAAAAGGAAAGGGCCUCUUCAAAAGAAACGCACAUUUGAUCCGGGCCUUAUUUUUUUAAACGAAAGGAUUCUUUCGAUAAAUUUAUAUCUAUAGACGUGGGAAAAUUAAUGAAAAUAGAUAAAUCACAUGAGUUGUUUUUUUGGCUCACUUCGAUACUUCGUAUGAAAGAUGAUUUUCUUUUGAUGGAUCAAUUUGAUUUUUCUUUAUGAAUAUAAAAUUUCGUAAGGAUAUCACAUUUGUACAAGUUACACUUGGAUUUUUUCUAAUAAAGACGAAGAACGAUCAAUUGAAAUCUAUUAAA